GGAACAAGCUUUACAUUCCGCGCAAUAUUUAUCUUGAUUGAGUGUGAUGGGGUUUUUCUAGGGUAUCAAUCUACGCCUACAACGUUAUUCAGUCGUGAUGGAGUGUCGAAAACUACAGAUAUUUGUCCUAUUCUUGGCUAUAUGCAGCCUAACAUUUCAUGUGGCAAGCACCCAAGAGGAGGAAGAAAGUCAAGAAGCUGAAGAUGCCAAUGUUGAAGAAACAGAGAAGGAGGCAUUCGAUGUUGAGGAAGAAGACGAUGUCCUUGUAUUGAAUGCUGACAAUUUUGACGACGUUGUAAAUGAUGCGGACAUCAUUCUGGUGGAAUUUUAUGCUCCAUGGUGUGGUCAUUGCAAGAGGUUGGCCCCAGAGUAUGCUGCUGCUGCCCUUGAAAUGAAAUCUGGUACUCCACCUGUACCCUUUGCCAAGGUGGAUGCUACAGAGAGUUCAGAGCUGGCUUCUCGCUUCGAGGUCACCGGGUACCCGACCUUGAAGAUCUUCAGGAAGGGCAAACCUUUUGCCUAUGACGGACCAAGAGAAAAGGAUGGUAUUGUGCAAUAUAUGAAGAAGGAAUCUGAUCCUAAUUGGACCCCGCCUCCAGAAGCCGUUCUUACCCUGACUUCAGAAAACUUUGAUGAUACUGUCAACGAAGCAGGCCUCAUUCUGGUUGAAUUCUAUGCUCCAUGGUGUGGACACUGCAAGAGGCUUGCCCCAGAAUUGGAAUCGGCUGCCCAAGCCCUCCAGAACAACGACCCACCCAUCCCUAUAGCCAAAGUAGAUGCCACUGCAGAGAGUGACCUGGCCACCAGGUACGAUGUGAGCGGAUAUCCGACACUCAAGAUCUUCAGGAAGGGCAAAGAUUUUGAAUUCAAUGGACCCAGAGAAUCAGGAGGUAUUAUCCAGUACAUGAAGAAACAAGUCGGUGACAGUUCUCAGCUCCUUGGCUCUGUGAAAGCUCUUCGAGAGUUCCUUGCCCAUCAGGAUGAUGUCAGCAUUGUUGGUUUCUUUAACAAUGAUCAAGAUGCUCUCUACACUACAUAUCUCGAUGCAGGCAACGGUCUGAGGGAUGAUUACAGGUUUGCCCAUGUCUUUGAUCAGGAAUCCCGAGAUAGUUACAAGGUCAACGCUCCAUCGGUCGUUGUAUUCCUUCCUGAGCGUUUCAGAUCCAAGUAUGAGCCAUGGAGACAAGUGUUCUCGCAGGCUGAUGGUAGUGUCAAAGACCUUGAAAAUUUCUACGAAGAGCAUGACGUCCCACUGGUAGGCCAGAUGACAAAAGCAAAUCGAGAAAAGCGUUACACGGACCGCCCUCUACUGUUGGCUUUCUACUCGGUGGAUUGGAGUUUUGAUCACAGAGUUGCCACUGAGAUCUAUCGUCAAAAAAUUGUUGAGGUUGCUAAAGACAAGGAGUUCGACGAGCUCCUCUUUGCCAUCGCCGAUGAGGAUGAAUUUGCGAGUGAGCUGAAGCAGCUUGAGCUCGAUGACAGCGGUGAGGACAUCAAUGUUGGGAUAUUAGGAGCUGAUGGACUGAAGUACAAACUGGAACCGGAGGAUGAGUUUGAAUCAGAAGUUCUCAGGGACUUUAUCAGAUCAUGGCAGAAUGGUGACAUAAAACCUGUCAUCAAGUCCCAGCCCAUUCCAAAGAAAUCCAAAGCAGCCGUCAAGACCGUCGUCGGGAAAACAUUCGAGAAAAUUGUCCUGGAUAAGUCAAAAGACGUCCUUAUUGAGUUUUAUGCACCGUGGUGCGGACAUUGUAAAAAAUUAGAGCCGGAAUACAAGAAAUUAGGCAAGAAAUAUGCAAACACCAAGAACCUAGUCAUCGCUAAGAUGGACGCUACUGCCAAUGAUAUAUCAAAUCCAGCGUACUCAACCACGGGAUUUCCAACAAUUUAUUUCUCAAAAGCAACAGAUAAGAACAAUCCUGUCAAGUUUGAAGGCGGCGAUAGGUCGGUAGAAAAAUUUAGUGAAUUUAUCGAGGAGCAUGCUACAGUAGCCCAGCUUCAAGACAGAGACGAGUUAUAAUGUGCCUUAUUUGUUUUAUUUUGUUAAGUCUCUUAAGGUUAUGUCUGAAUUGUUUGCUUGUUUCACAUUCAUUUCAGCGGUCAUUGACCUUUUCUACUAUCAAACUUGAUGAAAUCAGUUUUUAGAUUAUUUAUUUCAUUUGCCUGUGGUUUGUACAAUUUUGGGUACUUGGUGGAAAUGUGUUUCGGAUUAUCAGUACAGUGAUAUUUAAACAGUGGAAAUUAAUACAUAUACCUGCUGAAUUGUAUCCCAUUCUCAACAAGACGCGUACAACUUUUUACACAAUAAAUUUUUAGUCAUCAUUUGUAUCACUCCAUUAUGUGUGCCACCUUUAUAAAGUUUAUAUACCUUACAAAUGUGAGAAAUAUACCAUUUUAGCCAUCACACUCAUAUUAUUCUUUCACUCUGUUAACACCAUACUUAUUUCAGGAACAGAAAGUAAUAAACAUCAUCUGAAAUCUAUAUAUAUUUCAUGUUCACAUUUAUUUGCAUCAAUUCAAUGUAAUAUCAAAUGGUAAGAAUGUAUGUUAAAUGUUAAGAAAUGAAUUAUCAGGAAUAUGCUUAACCUGUGUACAUAUGGUAGCAAUAUUGUAUUGUUAACAUGACAGGGGAAAUUCACAAAUAUCAUUUGUUUAAAGUUAAAAUAAAAUUAAUCCAAAACACAGCAAAAUUUUCCCUGAGCCUUUGAAGUACCAUUUACAAGCCUUUUUUAUGCUCUGACACAGAUUUAAGUGACAUGUUUUGAUGAUAGCUGAAAGGGAUGGUAUUUCAAUAUUUCUUACUGUUAACUAGAGCUAAAAUGAUGGGUUUUCCCCUUCUAUUGGGA